UCCGGCGAUCAUCAAUGCCUUUCUUCGUCAAAGAAAGAAACACCAGGAGCCGGCAAGACAGUCUUACACCACUCCAACACUGCGAAAGAACAAAACAAUCUUCCCCCUCAUUGUAACUUUACACAGUUUUCACCUAGGUUCAGUUCACAGAUUUUGACAGACAAGAUGGCGGCAAUCGGCACCCACGUCCAAAACAUUCCACAUCAUCUCACAGCAGAGCAGCUGGAUGCGAACAUUUGGGAAAUGCUUCAAAUGCGGAAGGACGAUAUUCCUGACUACCUGCACAGGGUGUACUCUCGGAACCCUCAUCUUAUAUCCGCUAUCAUGAGACACAUCAACUAUCGAGGCGAAGAUUGGACGCACUGGAAUAUGCAGCCGGGAGAUUUUAGGUUUUUUGCAUUUUUCAGGGUCCUAGAGCCUUUCUUAAGGGAAGUUUACGUGCCCGUUCGGACGAGAGUGGAAGAGGCAGGGGCUUCUAUUGAUUGGGGGGCUCUGACCAGCCAGCUAGACCGCGUACGGGAAGGCCUUCAGAGGAUGUAUUACGAGCGCCACGCUGAUAUAAGCGUGGUUGGUUUUCGGAGAACUCUGAGGUCGUGGUAUGGAGCAAGAUCAAAUGAUGUUCUUAGACAGAAUUCUGCUGCAUGGGCUGGGCCGGUUGAGUAUUUCUGGAAUACGAUCGAUCGAUUACAGUGGUCCAACCAAACAGACGGGCAGAGCGACAACUCUGGAAACACACCUCUGCAUGGCCAAAAGUUUCAAACGCUGCCUCUUGAGGACCGCAUCCAGAACUGGCAACAGUCUGUCGACGAGGUUGGUCGGCACAGUGAGUUGGUGCAAAAUCUCGUCAGAAGCGAGGCGUAUGCGGUCUUGGUCUCCCGCGACCAUAAUGCAACUCGUAGCGGAGGACGAGUUGCUGAACAUAUCACUUUCGUCAAUCGGGUCUUGGCCAUGUUCAAUUGGAGUCUGCGAAACAUUGGGCCAAAUUCGUUGAAUGAACCGGAAACCGGCCGUGUGGAUAUUCGAGCGGGGUCUAAUGCUCUUGAAGAACUUCGAACAGGGUGGCGCCGCCGUAUUCAAGGGAUGCGACGGGUUGAAUACUCACGUGCAGAUCGACGCCUUCAAACCCUCCGAGACCUCGACAACAUGUUGGAAACUAUGGCGAUAGUGGAGGACGACGCCAAAGUAACUUCGUUGCUGACUGACAUCGUCGAUGACGAGUUCUGGAGUUUCACCACAUUCAAUGAGCAAGUGUUUGAAUCCGCCGUCGAGGCAAACUCCAUGUUAUUCGUCAUCAAUCGUCAAGCCGGUCCUAUAGCGCAGGCCUUGAGCAGAGACUUGUACUCCAACACCCCUCAGCGAAGGGCCGUCGUGGAUUAUCUACUUGGCUACCGCAAUCCACGGAUUCGAUACUUGUGUGCGAUUGCAAUCGAACAGGCGUACCCUCCCAGUCAAUGGAAUCAGCCUAAGAAGCUGUUACGAGUCGAACAGCCCGCAGACCCCGGACAGCCUGGGCAACCUGGACAACGCAAAAAAGGCAAAAAACGCAAACAAACCCAAUAUAACAGCCCCGAACCUUACCCACAAAGCCAGCUCAUAGCCUACAGCGAUGGGGAGGACGACCAUGCAAUCCGUUUCCAUUCGAACCUCAUUAAUGAGUACCUCGAUACGUUCCAAACCGACGAACGCGUCCGCUGGUUCGGCCACGACAGACCAGGAGAAGUCACGGAGAGACGCCUACCAGGUGACUUAUUCCGAGAUGUACGUGCAAGAAUCGACAGGCUGAACUCCCCCGCCGCGCCUCUUACAAAUUCAGUCUUCAUCGACCCUACGCGUCUCCCAGGCCUCGUCUUGAUGCGACGUCACUGGCACCUAAUGACUGUAAUAUCCGCCUUCCCGCCCGAGUUCCUCGUCCCAGACCCAGUCAUCGCAGAUCACGCGUAUAUGGGUCCCGUCUCGGAUGCAAGCGCAAUAAACCAAUGGAACCCCAAUCUCCUGCGCGCACUCGGUCAGUUGGCGAGGCGAACUAGUGGUCGCCCCGAGUUCGCAAUGCGACUUAUUGCUGAUGCCAUCGAGCGGAGGGCUCAUGCUCCAAGGAGCGAGAAAUCAGAGCCUAUAGCCGGCGAAGGAUUCUCGUUGACCAACGACGGGGGUGCAUUGUACUGGAUGGACCUUAGAGACGUUAUUGUGGCGAUGAGGCUCAAGGAAGGAGCGGCGAGCGCAGACCGCCGACGGUUGACGGUUGCGGCCGGGCUCGUUGGCGACGAGAUGCCUGGAGUCAACGUGAUUGAUUCCGAUCAUGACGAUCAGUGGUCUUACGAGGACUUGGAAUCGAAUGAUAAAGAAGAUGACCGUGAAGCCAGUCCGUUCUCGACGAGCGAGGAAGACGACUCUGACGAUGGCUCUAGCGGGGCUCCUCUACGCAGUAGUCGUAGUCCUUCUCCUCGGAACAGUUAUAUUCCUUCUCGGGCUGCUCCAGCAGGAUCGCCAAACAGUCCACGCUGGAGUUGGCGACGCAAUCCAGAGCCACCUGUACCAGAUGACAGUGACAAAGGUGAACCAAACGAAGUGGCCGGAGAAGAGCCUGAAGAUGAUAUACCCAGCUCUCAAAAGACAAUUCCAGAUGAUCUAUAUGACGAGACUGCUCACAAUGUCUCAUCUGAUUUCCUGGGAGAUGGCCCACCGCGCGAUUUAAAUACACCUUUCUACCAUCCAAUUGUAGACGAACCUACCCGUGGAAAACGAGGCAAGCAAAGCAAGAGGAAGAAACCAGUGGACAAGAAACCUGUGGACAAGGAGCCCGAAGAAGAUAUUCCCAGCUUCCAAGGAGACGGUCCACCACAAGAUCCAAACACCGCCUUCUACCAUCCAUAUGCGGAUAUUGACCCUGGUGAUAAACGUAGUAAACGGGACACAAGGGAGGAACUUGUGGACGAAGAUACAGUGGGAGAUGUAACUAGCUCCCAAGGAACUGUUGAAUCUGACAUCUUCCGCAAUACCCCGCAUGUCACAGAAGUGGAUGAGGAAGACGAGGAGGAUAUAGAAGAUGACGAAGAUCCAGAAGACGACGAAGACCCAGAAGACGAGAAUCCCAAACGUGGUCUGAACCGUCUCGCGUCGCCUCCAGCCUUCAUCGAAACACGUACAAUGCGCUACCCAAAGCCCGAUACGCGCUAUGCGUUCCGCGGAAGACACGCCAGUUCUAUCCAUGGUCUCUCGCCCAUCUCGCCUAGACUCGAGGCCGUGAUUCAGAAGCGCAGGAAUCGGCGCCGUAUGAGUUGGGGAACAAAGUCGUUUCAUCCGCCAUAUCUAGGAUCAAGAAGGAGAAAAGGGUUCAUGGACGAUGGCGACGAUGGGGAGUUUACGCCUGGCUCUUCAUCUGGCAGCUCUCUUGGCUGGCUUGACGACUAUCGGCCUGGUGGCCCUAACGACUGGUCAAAGAAAAAAAGGAAGCGAGAUAGUGGACACUCUGAUGGGGAACCUACAUUUGAUCCCGCUGGUCUGCCUGUCGACGGUACUAGUGACGAGGAAGAUGCUUACAUUGGCGGGAUCAGUGAAGUGGUAAACUCAUCAGAUCGCUGGAAGAGGGCGAAGAAGAGAAGGAAGCUUGGUGAGAAAGACUCUGCCUUUGUCCCCCAAUUCCCGGUCACGCUUGGCCCAGGGGAUUCAUGGGAGGCCCCGGUGGACGAGGACGAUGUCGUGUCUGACGACGAUAAUAUCUAUCCUGAUGAAGUGAGGCAACUUCUAAACAAAGAUAAAAGAAGAACCAGGGCAAAAACUGCGAACCCUGAUCGAUCUUAUGUGCCUGAUCCUCUCGAGGAUGCUUCUACGGAUGAUGAGUGGGAUGUGGAUAAUGCAAGAGACAAAAAGGGGAGGCGACGUGUGAAGGAAGCCGACAAUUCUAAACUGGUUUCUGCCGUCAAAAUGGGUAAACCAGUUGCGAUUAAUGAUGGGUUAAAGACGCCUGAAGAAGCUAUCAUCCGCGAAGUCCCUGAACCGAAACGACCCAGGAUCAACCGACAUCGUAAGCCUUCGCCACUCACUCCGUUCGCCGACAAUGAAGAUGCACGAGCCUUCCAAUCACCAGGAGACACUUCUCCCACACCAAAGCGACGCAGAACGAGUCGCUCGGGCGCUGUGACUCAAUCUCCUUCUAAUAAACCUGCUGGAUCCAAACUGCACACUACCACUUUUCCUAUGCGUUCAAAGAUGGAUAGAUCUCGCGCACCCUCACCUCCAAGCAUAUCGUCGCCGUCUUCUCGCUCGAAUCUAUCCAAGAUCCCAUCUCUUUCGUUCCUAGACAAAGUCUACACUAGCCCCGACAUAUCAGAAGACGAAGAAUACACAACCGACUCGGCUGGUUUUGCAUCCCCUGCUAGUCUUAACUUGUCUGUUCCUUCAGCAGAUAACGCGUCGCAAAGUGAAGACGGCGAUGCUUUAACACCUUCCAACAUCUUACAUCCAGUCAGCUCACACUCAGGAUACGCACUACGUCCCUCGGCCGACACUGCAGCACCUCCUUUAGAUACAGACAGCAGCAGCGAAAGCCAGCGAAACAGCGACGGAGACAGUAUACCCACAGCUAGCACCGCUUCCACGGAUCCAAAUAGCUUUUUCAACAAUCUGCCAUUAUUACCUCGUCCCGGCUCCCCAUCUCCGUCGCUGGAGGUCAAUCUCCCUUUAUCGCCGCCUGAGACUGUUGUAGAGAAUCAUACAGGGUGGUUGGGCAAACAGGAUCGAGAAGACGAGGCUUUGCAGGAUUCUCUGGCGCAGGAACAGUUUCUGAGUGAGGAGAGAGAAUGGAUAAGCAAUAAUGGUGCUGUUAAGAGGGGUGGUGGUGGAGAAGCCGUGGCGACGGAGUUGCGUGUUGUGCUGGGGAAGGGAGUGAGGAUCAGGCUUACCUCUGAGCCUUUUUAA